CCGGCCCAGCCCCGCCCCACGCCGGAGCGGUGGAGGAGCCCGCCGGAGCCCGGCUUCAGCCCCAGCCAGAGCCCUCAUCAGCCACGGGGAGGGACGGACCCCGUGGCCCGGCGGCCCGCAGUUCAGGCCGGUGGAGGCAAGGUUCCUGGACUGGUCAGAUAUUACCUGGCAGGCCUGGCAGAAUCAAGAUGAACUCCAUCAUGUCUGCCCAGUGAGGCCUGCAGCCUGAGCAGACAGCAUGGCCUGCCGCUGGCAGUGAAUAACAUGGCUACAGGAGGUGGCCGGGCCUUUGCUUGGCAGGUGUUCCCCCCUAUGCCCACUUGCCGGGUAUAUGGCACAGUAGCACACCAGGAUGGGCACCUGCUGGUUUUGGGGGGUUGUGGCCGGGCUGGGCUACCCUUGGACACUGCCGAGGCACUAGACAUGGCUUCACACACAUGGCUAGCACUGGCACCCCUGCCCACUGCCCGAGCUGGUGCAGCUGCUGUGGUUCUCGGUAAGCAGGUGCUAGUGGUGGGCGGUGUGGAUGAAGCCCAGAGCCCAGUAGCUGCUGUGGAGGCCUUCCUGGCUGACGAAGGCCGCUGGGAGCGCCGGGCUACCCUCCCUCAAGCAGCCAUGGGGGUUGCAACUGUGGAGAGAGAUGGUAUGGUGUAUGCUUUGGGAGGAAUGGGCCCUGACACGGCCCCACAGGCCCAGGUACGGGUAUAUGAGCCUCGCCGGGAUUGUUGGCUUUCACUCCCCUCCAUGCCCACACCCUGCUAUGGAGCUUCCACUUUCUUGCAUGGGAAUAAGAUCUAUAUUUUGGGGGGUCGCCAGGGCAAGCUCCCAGUGACUGCUUUUGAAGCUUUUGAUCUGGAGGCCUGUACAUGGACCCGGCACCCAAGCCUGCCCAGCCGCCGGGCCUUUGCUGGCUGUGCUAUGGCCGAAGGCAGUGUCUUUAGCCUGGGAGGCCUACAGCAACCCGGGCCGCACAAUUUCUACUCCCGCCCACAUUUUGUCAACACUGUGGAGAUGUUUGACCUGGAGCAUGGGUCCUGGACCAAGCUACCCCGAAGCCUACGCAUGAGGGAUAAGAGGGCUGACUUUGUGGUUGGCUCCCUUGGAGGCCAUAUCCUGGCCAUUGGGGGUCUUGGAAACCAGCCAUGCCCUCUGGGCUCUGUGGAGAGCUUCAGUCUUGCACAGCGGCGCUGGGAGGCACUGCCCGCCAUGCCUACAGCCCGUUGUUCCUGCUCUAGUCUACAGGCUGGACCCCGGCUAUUUGUUAUUGGGGGUGUGGCCCAGGGCCCCAGUCAAGCCGUGGAGGCACUGUGUCUGCGUGAUGGAGUCUGAAGGCCUGGUGGGACUUGUCAUUGGAGCAGCUCAGUGCAGAAGUAGAUGCCUCUGGCUCCUUUUGCUCCUGAGGGAGCUCUCUGCAGCUCUGUGGGAUGAGAGAGGCACAGAGGUGGACACUUGAAGUAUUGCCUUUGGUACUUUGGUUGAGGGAGCCUUUGCCUUUAACACAGGACACACAAGCUCACACCUACCUUUACCACCAUUCACUCAUGAACAUAUCUAUCUCUACUCUUGCCCUGUAGCCUACUAGGCCCUCUGACCAACUGGGAAGUAUGGAACUGGAAGACCUGCCCUUGCACCCUGCAGGGUCCUUGUCUAGGAUUGACCAGACCACCCCUAUGGCUAUUCUUGAAAAAUCCUAAUGGCCAGUCUGUUUUGAGGGUCCCUGUAGUCCCAGAAGUGUUCAGAAAGGGCUGGGGACCCAGAAGGAAUGAAGUAAAGGGUGUGGGUACUGCCAGGAGGCAAGAGGAAUGCUGGCCUUGGGCCCUCCACGUUGCUGUUGUAUGACCUUGGGCAAGUCAUUUUCUCUCUGUGCCUCAGCAUCCUCAUCUGUCAAUGGGGAUUCUCUGAAACCUUCCUGCCCUACCUACCUCACAGGGCUGUUGUGAGGACCCAGAGAGGCUCGAUGUAGAAGUAAAGCUUCUGUUAAAAUCUG